AUGUAUGAUGACAAAUUGAGCAGUAUAGCAAUCGAUCAUGUUAAACAGAGGAUCUCUACCAGCUCACCCUAUUGUUAUCAUUCAGUCUACUCGAGUUCUUCAACGCAACUUUCAUCGCUACGUUUCUUCCACGUAUGGAACAAUUUCUUCUGGCUAUCACAACUCAAAAGUUGGUGCAUGCAAAAACCGAGUUGCAGAAGACACAAUAUAUAUAAUAUUCGGUCGAGUCAUUUACACACAUGUGCCUACACUGAUCGUUUCUCAGGUGCAGAUAUAAGACAAUACAGGCAUAGAGUAACUAUAUUCUUUACAAAACAUCACUAUGGGGGUAAUUUAUUCAAAGAAUGUCUUAAAGGGUAUCGUGGUCAUGACAUCGUCUUUGGCUUGGGCAGCAACAGCGAUGAUAAAGAAGAAUUCAUUGGCCAAGAUGAAGAGGAGUUCAUCGACUUUUAUAAUGAUGAUGAAGAGGAGGACAUCGACGCAGAUGUAGAGGAACACAAUGAUAAUUUUGCAAAUAGCAAGAAGAAAGAAUCUCUUAUCGGUCAUUUAAUUUCAAACUACACUACAACUCCUUUUGGUUGGUGGGAGGAUGUUCUAGUCUCUGCCAAAUGGUCACAUAUAUCUUCUGAGGAUGACGAACUAAUGGAUGAAAAAGUUGGGGUUGACGUCCAAAUGGAACCUCUUUCUGGUGGUCAAGAUGAUGAUGAUGGCGACGAUGACCAUCAUGCAUUUACAGAUUUCCAAGAUGAGGAAAAAACAGUUGGACCACAUAUGACCUGGCCCAGAGUUUGUAAUUGA